AUGUUGCUGCUUGCAAGCGACAACAACCUCCGCUGCCGCCUGCACUCGCAUUCGCGUUUUAGCAUUUCCAUGUUCACUCGAGGGGGUAGAAAGCUCAGGUUCUUACCCCAUGCUCAAUAUUACAGAGCUUCAGGAGAGCAUUAUGCACGUACUUUUAGUUUUAAAGGGGGGGUCUGGGACGUGACGUCAACUCCGCAACCAACAUCCGGCACGCGCUGGUGGAAAUGCUGCUGGGGCACAAGCGACCUGCAUCGCUGCAGACUGGCGGCGGCGGCGGCGGCGGCGGCGGCAGCGGCGGCGGCGGCAGCGGCGGCGGCGGCGGCGGCAGCGGCGGCGGCGGCAGCGGCAGCGGCGGCGGCGGCAGCGGCAGCGGCGGCGGCGCGUGCGCGCAUCUUGGUAGCGGAGGGGGCGGGAAAGGCCACGUGGAGGAGGAGAGCGCAGCGCCGCCCAAGAAGCGGUGCAAGCGCGCAGGCUGAGGAGCCGGCUGGCGGUGUCUAGGUAGCGGUCCGCGGUGGGGCUGGUAGGGCAUGCGUAGCGGCAUGACAAGUAGUGCGGCUGUUGACAACUGUGCUACGUCUGGCUGCGGUUGGCUCUGCUGUGGCAUCGCGAUUGCUAGGCACCUGGUUUGGCUAUGUGCCUGUGGAAACCGACCCCGGCUAUGUCCGGGCGAUGAGGUUGUUCGGCCUCAGACUGUGGAGGGGCUCAGCCCCUUUUCCCGUGACCGGGGAACACUUGUCCAUGGAUGGGAUUCCGCGUGUGACCGAAGUCUCAGAAAAGGACC